AGGUGACCUCGCGGCUGGCGGUGGCGGCGCAGGCUGAGGGGCGGCGGAGGCGCUGAGGGGCAGUCGGGGCAGCAGAGCCACGGCCAUGGGGGGCUUGAAGGACGAGCUGCUCAAGGCCAUCUGGCACGCUUUCACCGCGCUCGACCUGGACCACAGCGGCAAGGUCUCCAAGUCUCAGCUCAAGGUCCUUUCCCAUAACCUGUGCACAGUGCUGAAGGUUCCGCAUGACCCCGUUGCCCUUGAAGAACACUUCAGGGAUGAUGAUGAAGGGCCUGUCUCCAAUCAGGGCUACAUGCCAUAUUUGAACAAGUUCAUUUUGGAAAAGGUCCAAGACAACUUUGACAAGAUUGAAUUCAAUAGGAUGUGUUGGACCCUCUGUGUCAAAAAAAACCUCACAAAGAACCCCCUGCUCAUUACAGAAGAAGAUGCAUUUAAAAUAUGGGUUAUUUUCAACUUUUUAUCUGAGGACAAGUAUCCAUUAAUUAUUGUGCCAGAAGAGAUUGAAUACCUGCUGAAGAAACUUACAGAAGCUAUGGGAGGAGGUUGGCAGCAAGAACAAUUUGAACAUUAUAAAGUCAACUUUGAUGACAACAAAGAUGGCCUUUCUGUGUGGGAACUCAUUGAGCUCAUUGGAAACGGACAGUUUAGCAAAGGCAUGGACCGGCAGACAGUGUCUAUGGCGGUUAACGAAGUCUUCAAUGAGCUUAUAUUAGAUGUGUUGAAACAGGGGUACAUGAUGAAAAAAGGCCAUAGACGGAAAAACUGGACUGAACGCUGGUUUGUACUAAAACCCAACAUAAUUUCUUAUUAUGUGAGUGAGGAUCUGAAAGAUAAGAAAGGAGACAUUCUCUUGGAUGCAAAUUGCUGUGUAGAGUCCUUGCCUGACAAAGAUGUAAAGAAAUGCCUUUUUCUUAUAAAAUGUUUCGAUAAAACCUUUGAAAUCAGUGCUUCAGAUAAGAAGAAGAAACAAGAGUGGAUUCAGGCCAUUCAUUCUACUAUCCAUCUGUUGAAGCUGGGCAGCCCCCCGCCACACAAAGAAGCCCGCCAACGCAGGAAAGAACUCCGGAAGAAGCUGCUGGCCGAGCAGGAGGAGCUGGAACGACAGAUGAAGGAGCUCCAGGUGGCCAAUGAAAACAAGCAGCAGGAGCUAGAGACCGUGAGAAAGAAACUGGAAGAAGCAGCAUCUCGUGCAGCAGAAGAGGAAAAGAAACGCCUUCAGACACAAGUGGAACUGCAGGCCAGGUUCAGCACAGAGCUGGAGCGAGAGAAGCUUAUCAGACAGCAGAUGGAAGAACAGGUUGCCCAAAAGUCCUCUGAACUGGAACAGUAUUUGCAGCGAGUACGGGAGCUUGAAGACAUGUACCUAAAGCUGCAGGAGGCUCUUGAGGACGAGAGACAGGCCCGGCAAGAUGAAGAGGUGGUGCGGAAGCUUCAGGCCAGGUUGUUGGAGGAAGAGUCUUCGAAGAGGGCUGAACUGGAAAAAUGGCACUUGGAGCAGCAGCAGGCCAUCCAGACAACUGAAGCGGAGAAGCAGGAGCUGGAGAAUCAGCGUGUCCUGAAGGAACGUGCCCUUCAGGAGGCCAUGGAGCAGCUGGAGCAGCUUGAGUUAGAGCGGAAACAAGCGCUUGAGCAGUACGAGGGAGUUAAAAAGAAGCUGGAGAUGGCAACUAAUAAGACCAAGAGCUGGAAGGACAAAGUGACCCAUCAUGAAGGAUUAAUUCGACUGAUAGAACCAGGUUCAAAGAACCCUCACCUGAUCACUAACUGGGGACCUGCAGCUUUCACCCAGGCAGAACUUGAAGAGAGAGAGAAGAACUGGAAAGAGAAGAAGACCACAGGGUGACUGCCUGUGACGAAGUCACAUCAGUUGUGUAGAUACUGCAUGGCAGGAGAGCUUUAUGCUAAAGACAAAAAUGGGCUUUGCUGCUUUUAACUCUUCUUCCUUCAGUGCCUCUAAUUGGGUCAGUAUCCUAAGGAAGCCUUCCUAUUUAUCUUCCUGAAAAGAGAGAGAAAAGGCAAUAUUGUCAGGCUCUUUACUUUCUUUGAACCUUGCUUCAGCUUCUGAAAAUUACCUUUUAGUUCUCUCAGAUUCUUCUCCGAAUGAGGCAGUGCGCAGACAGCACAGUCAACUCCAUCAUCUGCAGCACUGGAGGGGUGUGGGGCAUAGGUGCUCAGUAUCGUUGGACAAUCAGAACCUCUUUGGACUGGGUGUCAGCUUUUUCCUUUGGCAGAAUGUUUCCUUCUCCAAGUAUGUGUUUUUAAACUAGAUUGGCCAGUCUGCUUGCCAUUCCAUUCCAGUUGACAUGAAACGCCUUUGACCACUGGUGCUCUGAUAGAGCAGUCACGGAGCCACUGCCUUUCCUGGUUGCCCUUCUGCAAUGUGAUCUGGACAGUGGAGGUUUUCUAGCUUCUCCUAAGAUACUUCUUCCCUGGCUUGUAUCGUUCCCAUCUCCUUUCCCCUCACCUCAAAGGAAAACAUCCCUUCGCUCAUUACUCUCAACCUACUUUUCUCUCUCGUUCUCUCUUGUACUCUCUCUCUAGCAAAUGAUGUGCUACCAAGUAUAUGCCAGGCUGUGAGAGGAUUAUGUUAAGGAGUAGAAAAGCUAAUUUGAAAUAAAAAUUAUUUGGAUAAUUUAUAAAGCAGAUUAUAUAUGGACAAUGGGAGGUUGACCGUAUGUCUGCUAGAUUCAAAACGUCAUGAAGAUCAUGGUGUGUCAUUACUGAGCCAUGAUAUUAACCUUUGUUAGGUGGGCAGCUUUUCUGCCUUUUCCCUCCCUCCAUGGGUGACAGUAGAGGAACUAUCCAAUAAAAAUAAAUGUAACAGGG